UAUCUUAAUUUGUGUUCUGAAGAUUAAUGAAGGUCUUACAGGUGAGUAAUAAAUGACAGAAUUUCCAUUUUUGGGUGAACUAACCCUUUAAUAAAGAGAUUUUUUUUAUUAGCCAAAUUAAAAGUUUCUUGAGAGUUGUAAGCAAUCAAAACAGACAAUAUAGAGGCUUAAUGACUAUCUUGUUAAAUAAAACCAUUCUCUUGUUUUGUUUAAGCACCUUUUGGCAUUUGACCUUCUUUGUAUCCUCUGUACAGACUACAUCUUACAAUGUGGACAGUUGUAAUUAUCAAAAUACAUAAAUUAAAAACAAUAAAAAUUAUUCAAAGCAAAAAAAGUUGAAAAUAAAUACAAUUUUCCCUCCAGUAUGAUUGAAGGUUACACUUUAUUUCGAUGGUCCACUUUAGACAUUCUACUAACUAUAAUUCACUUUGCAACUGUCAAGUAGCCUACCUCUCAUCAGAGUAUUAGUUUAGACUGUGAGAUUAGGGUUAUAUGUUAGGGUUCGGGUUAGUAGAAUAGGUAACAAAGUUAGUACCAGUCAGUAGCAUGUCUGUUGGGGGAGCAUCAAAAUAAAGUGUUAGCAAAUAUUAAGCAGACAGUCUAAUAAUACUCUAAUGGGAGUUAGUUGACAUGCAGUUGCAAAGUUACUUAUAGUUAGAAUUCUAAAGUGAACCAUCGAAAUAAGGUGUUACCUGAUUGAAUAAUUCAUGAGAGGGUUGUUAGCAAGGAGGUCUAUAAUAGGUUGUUAGGGUUGUUUGCCCCGCCCACAACACUUGCGCGAUGUCAGUUGUCCUGUCACAGCACCCGUCCCAGAAAUGUAAUUAUUCUUGGAAAGUCAACAACAACAUUGUUCUCUAAACUACUUUCAAUUUUAAAAAAACACGCUGUCAAAAGCACUAUACCUAGUCCAGCGUAACGAGACGGUUAGUUGUUAUGGCUGUUGCGGAACUAGUGGCAAAAUGCUUGCAGGCUCGGGAAAUGGCUUACUGUCCGUACAGUGGGUUUCCAGUCGGCGCUGCCAUUUUGACGACAGGGGGCGCCAUUAUCACUGGCUGUAAUGUUGAGAAUGCCUCCUAUGGCCUUACCGUAUGUGCGGAGAGAAAUGCCAUACAGAGAGCGGUCGCGGAAGGCUACCGAAGAUUUACAGCCAUAGCUGUCACAUGUGAUAUCAAAGAUAGUUUUGUAGGACCCUGUGGUGCUUGUCGACAGGUAUUAAUGGAGUUUGGCACUGAAUGGGACGUUUACCUCACUAAGCCUGACGGAAGUUAUAAGAAGACCAGUCUCAGAGAUCUCUUGCCUUUGGCAUUCACCCCAGCUCACCUGCAAAAGAACUGAGUGCACUGUCCUAAAAUUGAUUUAUUUAUUUUUUGCCUUUUUAGAUUUGUAAAAUAUUUAAUUUUUGAUCUGAAUUUAAGAAUGACAUCAACUGUGAAUAAUUAAAAUGUGAACUUUCAUGUGAA